AUGUCAAUAAAUAGGAAAGCAGUAUUAAUAGUAGUCGGGUGUUUAUUAUUUUUAUUUGUAGUGAUACCUAUAUUGGCUAGUAAAUUAAAAAACAUUUUUGCUCACCAGACAAUAGAAGUUGUUUCAGCUGAUCAAGACUUUCCUUACGACUUAUAUGUUAAAAACAAUGUGGGAAAAGAAGUAUAUCAUGAAAUUGUGUUUUAUGAACUUUUCCGAGGAUUGAGAUAUUUAAUAUUUGAUAAAAUAAAAAAAACUAGUAUCGCUAUUUCAUCGCUCAACAACACACAAGAAAGUACAAAAUUAACAACAAGUAAAAAUAACAAUAAUUUAGAAAAGUCAAUAUUUGAAUAUCUUAAAACCCUUGAAGAAGACAUUUUUAGAAACCCUAAUUUGCAAUCAAAAUAUUUUUCCCCCAAAGCUGGUCUUUUUAAUUUUAAGUUAAAAAAUAAAGUGCUAAUUUUAGACGCAUCAACACAAGAAAAAAUAAGAUUGUCAGCAGAUUUUAUACGUUUGAUUGAACCAAUAGAUUCAGAUUCUGAGGAUUUUUCAAUUGAAAAAGAUUUUUUUGAUAGACUUUUAAUAACAAAAUUUGGGAAAAUUUCUGUUAUAGAACUUAUGUUUGCAAAUUUAAUUACCCAUUUGCAGCUACAAAAAAUUAUUAUAUAA